CAAAAAAACUUCAGCACAAAUGGUCAAUUACCCCACCACCAACCGUUUUCACGCUCCCACAAAUGGUCGUUAUUAUGGCCACCACAUGCCAGCGAUUGUAGCGCUUGAGCGACAGAAAGAGCUUGUGCUCCAUCGUGCCGAAAGACUGACGCAAUUGCGAGAGAGCAAUCCCGCUAUGGUGGACCCUCCUCUGGGCGCGAUCCUGUCGAUUACUACCUUUAUCCGGACCCAAAGGGAUCACGAGACUCCUGAGACACAUCAGUUGUGGGCGCAAACUCUCGAGGACAUAAAUAAGAUCUUUGAGACUCACUUUCCGAAUGAGCCCCUUCCUGAACUUGGACCGCGUCCUGAAAUCGGAAAUUAA